AGGACUUAUUUGUGUACAGAAAUCGAAUAAAGGGGAAAGGUAGCCACUUUAGCUCUUUAAGCUGAGAAGAUCUGUAACAGACAGAGCUUUCCAAGAAACAGCAUCAGAUUUCAGAAUUAAGUGUGUUUAUCAUGAAGCAGAGUAUUUAUCUCUUCCUUUGUCUCACUGGUCUUGUCCCAGUCAUCCUGUCCACCCUGGAAACACUUUCGCACAAUUAUUACCUGAUCAUGACACGCUGGUCAUGGCCAGAUGCACAGAAUUACUGCAGGAUGAUGUACAACGACCUGGCAAAAGUCAUAAGUGAUGUUGAUUUUUCACAACUGAAGAAAGAAGCAGAAAGAAAAGGAUUGGCAGAAGCUGCCUGGAUUGGAUUGUACAAUGAUGCCGAUAGUUGGCGCUGGUCUUUAAAUGACGUCCUACUGAAGAGUAGCACUUUUAUUAAAUGGAAUCCUGGAGAGCCUGAUAAUUAUAUUGGGAAAGAAGCAUGUGGUGAACUAUUGAGUAUAUACGGAACCUGGGCGGAUGCGCCAUGUACAAUACUAAAACCCUUCGUAUGCUACAAUGCUAAUUUCAGUGGCGCUGCCAGGUUUAUCGGUGUUGCUAGUCCUGCGUUGACCUGGCUUGAAGCUCAGGCUUACUGCCGAACACAUCACACAGACUUGGCCAGCUCCCUUAACAGCUUAGAUAAUGACUUAAUAAUUCAGGUGGUGAAUAAACAGGGUGAUUCCUGGAUUGGGCUUUAUAGAUACACUUGGAAGUGGUUAGACGGGACCAACGCUUCAAACCUCCCAUGGUAUCCUGGACAACCCAGUAAUAAAUGGGGCAAUGAGAACUGUGCAGCGGUCUAUAACGAACUGUUCAUCGACGAACAAUGCGCCAACCUGCACUAUUUCUUCUGUUACACCAUUUCCCCAGUGAAGAGUCAGAUAAUGAGACUGCAGGUGAAGUCUGAUGGGAGUGUGUUUGAUCCUGCUAUGCAGUCGUCCAUUUUAGAGCAGAUGAAGCAGAAACUGGAGGAAAAUAGUGUCCUGGAGAACAUCACAGUGGCCUGGAGGGUUCAGCCAGACAGAAACAUCUUCUACAAGAAAAACAAGCAUGACCUGAAAUAGAUGAAAUUGUAUUUAUCCUACAACAUCUUUAAAUUAGUAGGGAGCCUCAGAGGCAAAGAUUAGCCACAAGUAGAGGAAUAAACCUAGAACUUCAUUAGGGUGUCGACUUUGCCACCUCAACUAUAAACUCAGUUUAGCAAUGUUAUGGCAAAUAUUUUCUGA